AUGGCAAAAAGAAAACAACAAGACAACAGAAAGGACACCUCUGACGACGAGUCCGACUCCGAACGCAGCCUCGUCGACGUCGACUUCGAGUUCUUCGACCCCAACCCGGACGUCGACUUCCUCGCCCUCAAGCGCCUCAUCACCCAGCUUUUUCAGACGGACGCGCAGAUUCUCCCCGUGCACGACCUCGCGGACCUCAUCCUCGCCCAGCCCCUCGUCGGCUCCUCCGUGAAAUGCGACGGCCGCGAGAGCGAUCCCUUCGCGUUCCUCACAGCGCUGAACCUCCAUGUGCACAAGGACCGGCCGUCCAUCAAGGCACUCACCGCGUACAUCCUCGAAAAGUCCUCCGCGGACCCCACGCUGCACUCCAAGCUGCAAACCCUCCUUGGCCCCGCCGCGCUCGCAUCGCCUAACUCAAAACCCGUCGGCUUUGUCUUCUCCGAGCGCCUCAUCAACAUGCCCGUUCAGAUCAUGCCGCAUAUGUUCCGCAUGCUCGCGGACGAGAUACAGUGGGCCCUUGACGACAACGAGCCGUACGACUUCUCGCACCUUAUCCUCGUCUCGCGCGUAUACCGCCUGACCGCGGAAGAGGUCGCCGAGUUACACGCCUCCGCCCCCCGUUCGAAACGUCAAAAGCAGUCCGACCCGCCCCAGGGCGCGGGCGUGUACCCCUUCCACCCCGAGGACGACAUCAUCCGUAGGUUCGCGGCGCAUACACUUGACUACACCUUCACGCACGCGCAACCGAGGACCGAGGAGGCGUUCGGGCUCGACACCGGAGGCCGCAUGAUGCUCAUCCCUACAGGUCGCCUCCGGGACAUCGCCGCCGCGCUCGCGGAGGCAUUCCCUCAGCCUUCAGAAUCAUAGCCUUGCAUUAUCACGCACACGCAACAUGUAUCUGUAGUUCACCCACAGGUGUAUGUGUUACUCUAGUGUAUCCAAC